AGCAAUGACAAAAGACUCUGUUAUCCUAUCUGAGUAUGUAAGUUAUGUAUAAAAGGCUUGUGCAAUGUUAUCUUGGGAACUCAGACAAAAAUGGGUUGGUGUAGAGUGGUUAUACUAGUUGCGACUGCGCUAGUUUUUGUGGUUAACGUCACACAAGCCGGUGUCUGCAAAGGGCGAAGUACGGUGUUGCAAAUAAAAAUACCCAAUCGAACAAACGUUACAAUACAAUAUCCAAACCAAAAUAAUCCUGUGGAAUUUGUGCCCUAUCCGUACCAACAGCCAGGCAGUUCCAAUAGACCUGAGUGUUAUAAGUGUCGAGGAUCUAAAUGUCAAAGAUGUGAUAGAGUCGACAUAAAUUCACAUCACAGCAGACCACCAUCUUAUACGAAAACGAAUAUCAUAAUAGAUCUUACCAAAGAUAAAUCCGAUAAUUCAUCACAAAAUGGAAAAGAUGGUAACGAUUCCGUUAAAAAUGGUACAGUCAUAAUUUUGCAGAAUGAUAAUACAGCAUCUAGUACCAGUGGUUCCUCAGCUAAAGGAGGCAAAGGAGUAUCAGCGUCUAGCUCAGCAUCAACAUCAAUAGCCAAUACGGACAUAAUUGCCACCCUAAAUGAAAAGCCGAACGUUGGCAAAUCUGAACCGGGCAAUACAGAAGACAUAUAUGUCUUAGAUGAUUCAAAAUCUAUUUCUGCCUCCUUAUCAAGAGCUUCUGCUGGUGAUAAACAAAAAGAUCAGCCAAAUCCAGCUAAGAAUUCACCUACUUCGCAGCCGUCUAAUCAACCUACCGCACCACAACCUUCCCCUCAACAACCACCAUCGCCAAACACGGGAUCGUCAUCCAACAAUCAGCCAGAUUCAUCUUCCCCUGAUCCGGGAUCACCGUCAAAUAACCAACCAUCUUCACCAGAUCAGGGUUCACCAGUAAAUCAACCAUCUUCCCCAGAUCAUGGUUCACCAGUCAAUCAACCAUCUUCCCCAGAUCAGGGUUCACCAGUCAAUCAACCAUCUUCCCCAAAUCAGGGUUCACCAGUCAAUCAACCAUCUUCCCCAGAUCAGGGUUCACCAGUCAAUCAACCAUCUUCCCCAGAUCAGGGUUCUCCAGUCAAUCAACCAUCUUCCCCAGAUCAGGGUUCACCAGUCAAUCAACCAUCUUCCCCAGAUCAGGGUUCACCAGUCAAUCAACCAUCUUCCCCAGAUCAGGGUUCACCAGUCAAUCAACCAUCUUCACCAGAUCAGGGUUGGCCGACAAAUCAACAACCAUCUUCACCAGAUCAGGGUUGGCCGACAAAUCAACAACCAUCUUCACCAGAUCAGGGUUGGCCGACAAAUCAACAACCAUCUUCACCAGAUCAGGGUUGGCCGACAAAUCAACAACCAUCUUCAGAUGAUAAUUCACAACCUAGCCAACCUGGCCAACAAAAUCCUGAAGAUUCACCUCCAUCCGAUCCACAUGACAAAGUAGAAAAAUAAAAACAGAGAACAGAGAGGCUGAGGUUAAAGCAAAAGCAACAUCAGGCACCGAUUAAUGCUUUGCUUAUACAUUUUAAAAUGAGGACGUACAUAAAACAGAUAAAAGUCUUAACUAUAAGUGUUUAAAAAAAAACAUUAUAUUGACAAUUAAAACUUAAAUACGUUAAAAAUUUGAAUGCGUGCGGAGCUUACCUUAAUCAUUUUAGGUCGCAGUUCCUCCACAGAGUUUAUGAUGCAUUUGUCCACAUUUGGAUCGCUCCGUUGGCAAACUUUUAUAUAUGGAGCUGAAAAAAUAAAAUUGUAUUUACGUCAUUAGGUACAAAAAGAAGAAAAACAUUGUCAUCAUGGGUUACUAUUAUAAAACUUUUUGUUAUGUAA